UCUGGUCUGGUCUGUCCUGGUCUGGUCUGUCCUGGUCUUGUCUGGUCUGUCCUGGUCUGGUCUGUCCUGGUCUCGUCUGGUCUGUCCUGGUCUGGUCUGGUCGGUCCUGGUCUGGUCUGUCCUGGUCUCGUCAGGUCUGUCCUGGUCUGGUCAGGUCUGGUCUGUCUUGGUCUGGUCUGGUCUGUCCUGUCUGGUCUGGUCUGUCCUGGUCUGGUGUCAUUUGUCCUGGUCUGGUCUGUCCUGGUCUGGUCUGUCCUGGUCUGGUCUGUCCUGGUCUGGUCUGGUGUGGUCUGUCCUGGUCUGGUCUGGUGUGGUCUGUCCUGGUCUGGUCUGUCCUGGUCUGGUCUGGUGUGGUCUGUCCUGGUCUGGUCUGUCCUGGUCUGGUCUGUCCUGGUCUGGUCUGGUGUGGUCUGUCCUGGUCUGGUCUGUCCUGGUCUGGUCUGUCCUGUUCUGGUCUGGUCUGGUCUGUCCUGGUCUGGUGUGGUCUGUCCUGGUCUGGUCUGUCCUGGUCUGGUCUGGUGUGGUCUGUCCUGGUCUAGUCUGGUCUGGUCUGUCCUGGUCUGGUCUGUCCUGGUCUGGUCUGUCCUGGUCUGGUCUGUCCUGGUCUGGUCUGUCCUGGUCUGGUCUGUCCUGGUCUGGUCUGGUCUGUCCUGGUCUGGUCUGGUGUGUCCUGGUCUGGUCUUGUCUGUCCUGGUCUGGUCUGUCCUGGUCUGGUCUGGUCUGUCCUGGUCUGGUCUGGUCUGUCCUGGUCUGGUCUGUCCUGGUCUGGUCUGGUCUGUCCUGGUCUGGUCUGGUCUGGUCUGUCCUGGUCUGUCCUGGUCUGGUCUGGUCUGUUCUGGUCUGUCCUGGUCUGGUCUGGUCUGGUUUGUCCUGGUCUGGUCUGGUCUGUCAUGGUCUGGUCUCGUCUGUCCUGGACUGGUCUCGUCUGUCCUGGACUGGUCUCGUCUGUCCUGGUCUGGUCUGUUCUGGUCAGGUCUGUCCUGGUCUGGUCAGGUCUGUCCUGGUCUGGUCUGGUUUAGUCUGUCCUGGUCAGUCUGGUCUGUCUUGGUCUUGUCUGGUCUGUCUUGGUCUUGUCUGGUCUGUCCUGGUCUGGUCUGUUCUGGUCUGGUCUGUCCUGGUCUGGUCUGUCCUGGUCUGGUCUGUCCUGGUCUGGUCUGGUCUGUCCUGGUCUGGUCUGGUCUGUCCUGUUCUGGUCUGUCCUGGUCUAGUCUGGUCUGUCCUGGUCUGGUCUGGUCUGUCCUAG